AUGGAAGAAUCUCAAAACAUUCCACCAAAAACUCAAACACUGAACAACUCAGAAAAUAGUAUAAAUAAUAUAAAUAAUAAUAAUUUAACAACAACAACAACAACUACGGCAGUAGGAAAUACUAAUUAUAAGAAUAAUAAUAGAUAUAAUAACAAUCGUUAUAAUAGGAAUAACUUUAAUAACUAUAAUAAUAAUAACAACAACAAUAAUAAUAACAAUAAUAUGGUGACAUCAACAACUUCACCUCCCACUACAACAACAACUACAACUUCAACUACAACAACAGCUACUCCUUCGAGUAAUAGUAACAAUCGUAGAAAGAAUUAUCAUAAUAAUAAUUAUAAUAAUAAUAACAAUAACAAUCAAUUAUCAGAAGAUACAGAUGAAGUUAUUUUAUAUACACCAGCAGAUAUUUCAGCAUCAUUAAAAUCUGAAUCUGCCAAACAACAACAACAACAACAACAACAAAGCUUACCAACACAAGAACCAACACAAACUUUAAAUUGGCAACAAGAAUUAUAUAAAUUGAAUCCAAAAUCUAAAGCAUUUGUACCUAAACCACAAGGAAGUGUUCCUUUUAAUAAUACUAAUAAUAAUAAUAAUAAUAAUAAUAAUAAUAAUAAUAAUGUACCGCAAUCACCAAUUAAAGACAAUAAUAGACCACAAAGAGAAAGAAGAGAAAGAAAACCAAAAGAAAAUAAUACACAACAACCACAACCACAGCAACCACAACAACCACAACAACCACAACCACAACCACAACAACAACAACAAUCACAACAACAACAAACAGUUAAAGAAAAUAAUAGAAAAAAAGAAAAUAAAUUACAAUCUAAAAAAGAUAUAAUUACAAAUAAUGAUAAUAUAGAACCAAUUAAAUCAAAAGAAGAUAUUAGUUUAGCAAAUAAAUUUGCAAAGAAUAGAGCAAAAGAGAAUUUAGCAAAAACUAAUAGUAUUAAUAAUUCAAAUACAGCAAACUCAAAUAAAAUUAAAGGUAAAACUAAAUUUAUAUUUAAUGAAAAUGAUGAAAAGAAUUCAGAGUAUACACCAUUAGCAAUUCAAAUGAUAACCAAGAUACAAGCAAAUAUAUAUGAAUGUAUGGUUUGUUUUGAAAAUGUUGGAAAGAAUGCUGUGAUAUGGAGUUGCAGUCAGUGUUUUACAAUGUUUCAUUCGAGUUGUAUUAAACAAUGGUCAAGUAAAUCCGUUACCACUGAGGGUAAAUGGAAAUGUCCGGGUUGUAGAUACAAUCAUGAGGUGAAGCCUGAGCAUUUCCAACCCGCCUGUUUCUGUGGUAAAGUCAAGGACCCACAAUACAACCCAUAUCAUUUGGCACAUUCUUGUGGUGAAGUUUGUGGCAAGUUGCGUGCCAAGUCCAAUUGCCCACAUAGUUGCACAAUGUUGUGCCAUCCAGGUCCUUGUUUGAAUUGUUCAUCACUUGGUGAUAUUAAGGAUUGCUAUUGUGGUAAGACAAAGUAUCGUCUUUUAUGUGGCGAGGUUGAUAAGGGUAAAGUAUGCGAAGGUAAAUGUGAAAAGCUUUUAUCAUGUGGCAAUCAUCGUUGCCAACAACAAUGUCAUAGUGGUUCAUGUUCACCAUGUGAAGUGGUUGAAACUCAAAAAUGUUAUUGCGGAAAACAUAUCGAUAAGACAAAACCUUGUGGAUCAGGCUCCAUUGAUACGAGUCAGAGUGAUGAUGAUCCACGUUUUUUCAGUUGCGCUGAGAAAUGUGAUAGAACAUUGGAUUGUGGUAAUCAUAAAUGUCAACGUACUUGCCAUAAAGGUGAUUGCGAGCCAUGUUCAUUGGUACCCGAUCGUGUUGAUCGUUGUAAUUGUAAACAAACAACACUCGAGGAAUUGGGUGUAGUUAGAACAUCAUGUUUGGAUCCAAUACCAGUAUGUAAGAAAGUUUGUUCAACCCUUUUGGCAUGUAAACAGCAUUCAUGCACCGACCGUUGUCAUACUGGACCUUGUGGGUCAUGUAAAGUAAAGGUUAGAUCGAUUUGUCGUUGUGGUAAAACCACUGAAAAUCGUCAAUGUGGUGUCAUUCAACAGAAUAUGUCCUCGACAUCAGCGGCGGCAUUUACAUGUGGCAAUGUUUGCAAGAUACUUCGUUCAUGUAAACGUCAUGAGUGUGGCGUAAAAUGUUGUCCAAGCACAUCAAGUUCCGAUGAGGCAGGUAAUCAUGUUUGUACAUUGGUUUGUGGUAAACAAUUGAAAUGUGGAGUUCACAAAUGUCAACAACUUUGCCAUAGUGGUAAAUGUUAUAAUUGUUAUAUAAACUCUUAUGAUGAUUUGGCAUGUCCAUGUGGAAAGACGGUAAUUCAGCCACCAGUACCAUGCGGUACCAAACCACCAAUGUGUAAUCAUCCUUGCACAAUCAAAAGAGAAUGUGGCCAUAGCAAUGAAGUUUGGGAACAUAAAUGUCAUAGUGGUCCAUGUCCACCUUGUACCUAUUUAGUCGAUAAAAUGUGUGCAGGUGGUCAUCAAGUUCAAAAAUCUGUAAAAUGUAGUACAAUCGAUGCUUCAUGUGGUAGAAUUUGUGGUAAAGUUUUAUCUUGUCUUUCUCACACUUGUCCAAGAAUUUGUCAUAGUGGUCCAUGUUUAAUUAAUAAUAAUAAUGUUAAUAUUAAUAAACAACAACCAUUAUUACCUGCAAAUUUAAUAGCUUCAAAAAAUAAUUAUCAAUUACAACAACAAUCAAAAUUACCUACUACUACUACUACUACUACUACAACAACUUCUACAACUUCUACAACAUCACCAAAAAUUAUUGAAAAAGAUGAAGAAUUAAUUGAAGAUGAUAAUAAUAAUAAUAAUAAUAAUAAUAAUAAUAAUAAUAAUAAUAAUAAUAAUAAUAAUAAUAAUAAUAAUAAUAAUAAUAAUAAUAAUAAUAAUAAUAAUAAUAAUAAUAAUAAUAAUAAUAAUAAUAAUAAUAAUAAUAAUGAAAAAGCAGAAAUUACUAAUGAAUGUAAUCAUGAUCAUGACCAUGAACAUGAACAUAGUGAUGAUGAAAAUAGUGAAGAAGAAGUAGAUUUAAAUGAAUGUAAUCAUAAUCACGAAUGUAAUGAAGAAGAAGAAAGAAUUAAAAAAGAAGAGAAAGAAGAUGAUGAGGAUGAGGAUGAAUUAUUUGAUAGUUUAAUGGGUAAUUUAACAUGUGGAUAUUUAUGUGGUAUUCCAUUAAAAAGUUGUGAACAUACAUGCCAUCAAGCUUGCCAUCCAGGUGAACCAUGUCCAACCAAUAUAUCAUGUAAACAAAAAGUUAGAAUUUAUUGUAAAUGUAAAAGAAGAUCAGUUGAAACUUUAUGUUGUGGUAAAGAUGAUACAAGACAAUUAGAAUGUGAUGAAGUUUGUGAAAAAGAAGAAAGAGAAAAACAAUUAAAAGAAGCAUUUUAUGGUAGUCAUACUUUAGAUAAUAAUCCUAAUAAUCCUAAUAAUCCUAAUAAUCCUAAUAAUAAUACAACUACAACAACAACUACAACAACUACAACAACUUCAAGUCCAACUAAUUUUACAGUAUUAGAUCCAACAUCAAUUGAUUAUCAACCAAAUAAAUUACAAAUUGAAGCAUUACAAUUAAUUGCAAAAGCAUCACCAAAAUUAAUUAAAAAGAUUGAAGCUAUUUAUGAAGAUUUUAUAAAUUCAAAUUUAUUAAAACAAACUAUAAAAUAUACAGAUUCAAUUCAAUUGUUUUUAUUAGUACAAAUGGCAAAAUUCUAUCAAAUGAAAUAUAGAGAAAAGAAACCAUUAAAUUAUAUCGAAUUCUUUAAGAAAACUUCUUAUCAAAUUCCAUCACCAAGAUUAUCAGAAAUGGUUGGAAUUAAUGGUAGUUCAUUAAGUAGUGGAACCAUUUCCAAUAGUUUAUCAUUCUCUAUAAACAAUGGUCAAAGUUAUGCUUCCAUUUCACUUUCACCUUCUGAAAUGGUAGCUCAAGCUCAAGCUCAAGCAGAAUUGGAAAAUCAAUGUCCAGCUUUAUUAUUCAAAAAUUUAGACCCUUCAAUUAAAACUGAUCAUUUAACUAAUCUUUUACAAGAAUUUGAAGGUAGAUAUAAAUUAAUGUGGGUUGAUGAUUCAAAUUGUUUAGCAAUUUUUGGGGACUCUAUUAGUUUUAGUAUGGCUUCUCAAAUUAAAACAAUGUUCACUUAUGAAAUUUAUCAAGAUGAUCCAUCUUUAAUUGAUAUCACUUUUGGUAAUUCAGUUUUAUCAACUCCAACAAGUAGUAGUGGUAGCAACAGUGGUGUUUCUUCACCUUUAUCAUAUUUAUCACCUCUUAAAAAAUCCCAAGAUACUCAAUUCUUUAGAGUUUCACAACAAAUGAAUAAAUUCUCAUUUUUAGAUACUAUAAAUCAAAAUCAAAAUCAAAAUAAUAAUAACAAUAACAAUAAUAAUAACAAUAAUAAUUCAAAUAUAAAUAUUAAACCAACAAUACCUUUAUAUAGUACAAGUACAGCAAAUGCAAAUAGGAUGUUAAGAAGAUCAAAUGAAAAUACUGGUGAAAAUGUAGCUGACGACUGGGAAAAUCUUUAA